AUGUCUCAACUCCAAGACCUCACCCGCUGCCUCCUAGCCGCCGGUUACGCCGCGCACCCCGAUGGGCAAAGCACGUACCUGCUCUACACCAACGACGGCACUCUCGUAUUGAAGCAGUGGACGGGUGACUCCUUUGGCAGAGAGGAGCUCGUCGCAACGGCUGUCCGUCCUGAGUCGGCGGCUGCCAUCCUGCCCGACCCUGUGGACAGCCUCAUAUUCGCUAUCACACCCUCCUCCACCCUUGCAGCCUUCCAGUACGAUGAGGAUGAGGAGGAGUGGCUGCAAGAUCAGGCUCUUUCCAAGUACGACGUACAUGGAAAGGGUAACCUCUCUGCAUGCUACACCGUCGAUCACCGCGUUUGCAUCGUCUUCCAGAACGCGAGUGGCGCCCUCGUGCGUGUCGAAGAAACGGAGGUCGAGUCGGACGGGAGUGCGGACAGAGGAGCUGCAUGGGCAGCUACGAUCUUGAAGAAGGCGUCCGAUCCGCUCCAUGGGACGCCCAUCUCUACCGUCUUCGAUGACAAAGGCCUUCACGUCUUCUACGUCUCCGCAGCAGACCAACGUAUCCACCACCUUCGUGAAGGUGCAGCGUGGGCGGACGAGGAGAUGUUCGAUCAGACUUGGGGUUCCUUGCACGGGAUCGUUGGGUCGACGAACAAGGAGAAAGGAGGCAGCUUCGAGGCUUACGUCCUGACCGCGGAACGCGUCAUUCUGCAGGUCGACGACGGAGGGGACAGGCGUGAGUUGGGGAAGGUUGACAAAGAUGGGAAGUUGGUGCCGAGCAUCACUGCCGAGUGCUUCUCUGUGCUCGGAUUUUUCAUGGUGUCGUUCAGCUUGAACGUCAGCGUGCAGAGGAGGAGGAAGAGAAUCUGCUGGUACUGAGAUCUGGAAUCAUGUCCGAUGCCGCGUACAUACCUAGGCUGUUUACAUGACCAAGCACGGCAUCUUCUCAUUCCCAUUGAUUAGCUUCUCGGUCCGUCUGUGUCUGUAUUGACUUUUGAAUCGAUCGUACCCACUAUGACC